UAAGGCAAUCUCGACUUCUCUCAAUUUCAUCCUCUAUUCCAUAACCCAAAGCGCGGCUCUUGAAUUGGACUGAUCAAAGGAAGCAGCAUAUAAAUACUGUUGGAUCAUAUCGUUAUGGGCUCUGCGACGUUCGUGGAGGUGAUCUUGGCCCUCUUGUUGCCACCCCUGGGAGUCUUCCUGCGCUACGGCUGUGGUGUGCAGUUUUGGAUCGAUCUGCUGUUGACGAUAUUUGGUUACAUACCUGGAAUCGUUUACGCCAUCUACGUCUUGGUGGGAUAG